AUGUCCACCGGCAUAUUUUCUACAGAAUGGUUCGUCGACGUGCGCGACUGUGCAUGCCUCCACGUCGCGGCGCUUCUUGAUCGGGGUGCUGAGAACCAAGGAAUCUUCGCAUUCGCAGAGCCAUACAACUGGACCUACAUCACCCAUCUCCUGCGUACGCUAAGGCCUCAGAAUGCAAAACUCCCCAGCCCGCCAGAAAAUGAAGGCCGCGAUCUGUCGAUUGUGAAGCCGGUGGCUAAGGCCAAGCAGUUGCUGAGACUCCUUCGGUGUAUCGGGCCGGAUACGCUUGGAGGACAGUGUCGAGGUGGGGCUUGA